ACAAGCAAGCACAUAUGACAUACCUUCCUUCCAAGACAUCCAAAGCACAACGACAGCAUAGAAAGGAAGGACUAGCAGUGCGUUUCACGGAUUCCUCCUCUCUUUCUCACAAUUUCUGUCUCUCCAUUCAAUUCGAGAGAAAGUUCAGUGAACCAUUGGAAGGAGAUCCAUAAAGACAAAUAUUUUUGAUUUGCCAUGCCAGAUAUGGCGGAUGGGUCCUCCACGAGACCUCCACAAAUCUCCGAGAUGUUCCAGAAAUUCGCUAUUUCCUUCAAGACUAAAGCUUUCGAGUUCUUCGCCGAAGAGGACGGUAACAACAAUGAAGAAACCGAUGGUUUCACUCUCCUCGACUCCGCCGAGGAUUUCAUUCCUCAUCAGAAGGUCAUCAUUCUCAAGCCCGACCGACCAAUUCAUCAAAAUCAGGAUUCUCCGGAGAGCACUUCGCGAUUUUCGUCUUCUUCGGUUAACUCUGGAAUUGGCCACGCUGAUACCCAGACGACCCACGCAUUGAUUUCUUCGGUAUUCGCUGCUGUUUCGUCGUUUGAAGCUUCGUAUCUGCAGCUGCAGACGUCGCAUGUGCCGUUUAAUGAGGAGGGCAUAAAAGUUUCUGACAGUGCUUUAGUGUCGAAUUUGCAGAGAUUAUCUGAUCUCAAGCAGUUUUACAGGGAAAUUUGUAGGAAUCCUGAGUUUGGUGCUGAGUUGCCAAUUGGGUCUCACUUGGAAGCUCAAGUUCAAGAGAAUCAGAGCAAGCUGAGAAUUCUUGGGACUGUUUCCAACCGGUUACAGGAAGAAAUUGAUAAAAAAGACAACGAUGUUUUGGCUUCAAGGAGGAAGCUGAGUGAGAUACAAAAGUUCAAUUUGAAGCUGUCGAAGAGGUUAUCUGGUAAUUUGAAUAACUCUUCUUGUGAAGUUUUGUGUUCUGUUAGAGUCUUUGAUUCUGUGUUGCAUGAUGUUUGCAAAGCCUCACAUAAGUUUACUGAGGUUUUGAUUGAUCUGAUGAGAAAAUCCGGGUGGGAUUUGGAUUUAGCCUCGAAUUCGGUUCAUUCUGGUGUUGAAUUUGCCAGGAAAGGGGAUAGAAAAUAUGCAUUUUUGUCAUAUCUUUGUCUAAGAAUGUUUCGUGGUUUUGAUUUAGAAGGAUUUGGUUUAGGUGACGAGUACCAAGAGGUCUGUAACGGACAUAUUUCGGAUUCUGUCAGGACUAACAGUUCAUUGAAGCAAUUACUGGAGCAUGUUUCAAGUAAUCCUAUGGAAUUGCUAAGUAAUCAUCCUACUUGUGUGUUUUCAAAGUUUUGUGAAAGGAAGUACCAAGAGAUUAUUCAUCCAACAAUGGAGUCGUCAAUUUUCAGCAAUUUGGAUCAAAACGAAAUUGUCUUGAAUUCAUUGAGUAUAUUCUAUGAGUUUUUUGUCAACAUGGCCAGUUCCAUUUGGAUUCUUCAUAAGCUAGCCUUUUUGUUCGAGCCUGUGGUUGAAAUUUUCCAAGUGAAAAGAGGGGUUGAUUUUUCAAUGAUAUACAUGGAAGAUGUAACAAGGAAGUGUGCCUUAUCAGGUAAAGCUAGGGCGAAGGUGGGUUUUACGGUUGUUCCGGGAUUCAAAAUUGGGAGAACAGUGAUUCAAUCUCAGGUUUAUUUACGUGGCUUGAAUUGUACAGAGUAGUAGGCUGCAGUUCCCUUUGUGUACAAAGAUAUGAAUUAUGAGUAUUCACAAUGUGCAGGUGCAAAAAAAGGCAUAUUAAACGGAAGAAAAAAGUUUUUUUUUUUUGCCUUUGCUAAAUCUUCAUAUGACAGUCCUUGGAGGGCUUUGGUGCUUGGAUUGUAGAGUAAUCAUAGUGAUACGAGAAUCCUAAUGACUUGGGUUGCAGUUUCAACAUAUGUCUUAUUAUGUUGAGGAUGCAUCCAUGGCAUAAACACUAGGAGUGCUGUUCCUUGUUGUGCCAGGCACAGGGAAUGGCUUUAGUAUGAAGGUGUUUUUCGGUCAUCUUCUGACAUUCAGAUUCAAUAUCAUGUUGGUUGUGAAUUUUA